AGCCUCCGAACAGCCUGAACAGCCACGUAGGCAUUCUCUUCUCUCUGGAGGAAAAGGCCCAGCAGCUGUCCGAGGAAAAGACCACCAGCUGUCAGCAAAGGGACAUGUCGCAGCUAAGUAAGAAUCUGGGUGAUUCGAGUCCUCCAGCGGAGGCCCCGAAGCCGCCUGUCUAUAGCCGCCCUACGGUUCUGAUGCGGGCCCCGCCCGCUUCCUCCCGGGCUCCGCCAGUCCCUUGGGAUCCACCUCCAAUUGACUUGCAGGCUUCAUUGGCCGCUUGGCAGGCACCCCAGCCUGCCUGGGAGGCCCCUCAGGGCCAGCUGCCCACCCCGGUGGCUCCCAUGCCCCAGCCUCCAGCCCUAGGGGGUCCGAUGGUCCAGGCUCCCCCACUGGGGGGCCCGAUGGGCAAGCCUCCUACUCCUGGAGUGCUAAUGGUCCAUCCUCCGCCUCCGGGAGCCCCGAUAGCCCAGCCUCCGACUCCGGGAGUUCUGAUGGUGCAUCCUUCAGCUCCCGGAGCCCCUAUGGCCCACCCUCCCCCUCCGGGGACCCCUAUGGCCCACCCUCCACCUCCGGGAACCCCUAUGCCCCAUCCUCCUCCUCCGGGCACCCCAAUGGCCCAUCCUCCCCCUCCGGGCACCCCGAUGGUGCAUCCUCCCCCUCCGGGGACACCGAUGGCGCAUCCUCCCCCUCCGGGGACACCGAUGGCUCAUCCUCCCCCUCCGGGGACACCUAUGGCCCAGCCGCCAGCUCCGGGAGUCCUGAUGGCCCAGCCUCUGACUCCGGGAGUCCUGAUGGUCCAGUCUCCUGCGGGAGCCACGAUGGCCCAGCCUCCGCCUCCGGGAGCCGUGAUGGCCCAGCCUCCACCUUCAGCAGCACCGAUGGCCAAGCCUCCAGGUCCUGGAGUCCUGAUGAUUCAUCCUCCAGGUUCGAGAGCUCCGAUCACCCAGCCUGCAGCUUCAGGAGCACCGAUAGUGCAACCGGCUGCCCCACCUGCGCAGCCUAUGGCUUCUUGGGCCCCGCAGGGUCAACCACUGAUCCUGCAAAUCCAGUCUCAGGUUAUAAGGGCUCCUCCGCACGUUCCCCAGGUCCCGCAGGCACCCCCUGCGCAGCUGGCCACACCCCCCGGCUGGCAGGCCACCUCGCCAGGGUGGCAGGCCACGCCGCAAGGCUGGCAGGCUACACCCCUGACCUGGCAGGCCACGCAGGUAACCUGGCAGGCGCCAGCAAUUGCCUGGCAGGGGCCACCGCCCAUGCGCCAGGGCCCCCCACCCAUCCGCCCUGGCCCACCGCCCAUUCGCCCUGGCCCACCACCGAUGAUCCGCCAGGCUCCACCUGUGAUCCGCCAGGCACCACCUGUGAUGCGCCAGGCACCACCUGUGAUGCGCCAGGCACCACCGCUGAUCCGCCAGGCACCGCCGCCCAUCCGACCUGCCCCACAGGUCAUGGCCACCCAGCCACCUCUCUGGCAGACCCUGCCACCCCCACCUCCUUUGCGGCAGGCCCCGCAGGCUAGGCUGCCGGCCCCGCAGGUGCAGGCGGCGCCGCAGGUGCCUACGGCUGCAGCUGCUACGCAGGUACCCGCGGCGCCGCCCGCUGGCCUGCAGGUGCCCCAGCCUGUGCUGCCGGCCCCGCUGUCUGUCCCACUGUCUGCCCCGCAGGCUGUGCACUGCCCCUCCAUCAUCUGGCAAGCUCCGAAAGGCCAGCCCCCAGUGCCACAUGAGCUACCGACGUCGAUGGAGUUCCAGGAGGUGCAGCCAACUCAGGCAGUAGCCUGGCAGGCCCCGAAGGCCCCCACUCAUUUCUGGCAGCCCCUGCCUGCCCAGGAGGCCCAGAGGCAGGCUCCCCCCGUUGUCCAGCAGGAGCAGCCCUUUCGGGGAGCCCCGCCCUCCCAGAAAGUCCUGCAAACUCAGUUACCCGCCCAGCAGGCCCAGCCCUCGGGUCCGCAAGCAGAGCUGCCUGCGGUGCAGCACCAAUCCUCCUGGCAAGGCCCCCCAGCAGUCUUUCAGGCCCAGCCCGGAGCCCCAGUAGACUCAUCAAAUUUUCCCCGGGGCUCCGCUAAAUCACUGAUGACUCCAUCAGGAGAAUCCAGGGCCUCUUCUAUAGAACCCAGGGGCUCUUCUAAAGAACGUAGGACCUCUUCGAAGGAACGGAGGGCCCCUUCAAAGGACCGCAUGAUCUUUGCUGCCACCUUCUGUGCUCCCAGGGCAGUUUCAGCUACACGAGCACACCUGCCAACUGCCUGGAAAAACCUGCCUGCCACAUCGGAGACCUUCACUGCCACCUCAAGGGUCUUUCCCUCUACCUCCCACUUUCAGCCUGCCUCUUCUAAUGCCUUUCUAGGCCCCUCUGCCACCCCAGAGGCCCCGAGGUCACUGCCAUUUCCUCUGCAGGAUCCCUUUGCCUGUGCAGAGGCCCUGCCUGCAGGCCCAUGGGUUCCACAGCCCAAUGUGAAUGCCUCAAAGGCAUCCAAAGCAGUGCCCACCAUCCUGAUGGCUACAGCAGCUGCCCCCCAGGCAACUGCCACUGCUCCAGAAGCCUCAAAGACCUCCGUCGAGCCCCCACGCCGCUCUGGCAAAGCCACCAGGAAGAAGAAGCAUCUGGAACCUGAAGAGGACAGCCGCAGCCAUACAUUGGCCUUUCAUGACUGGCACGACCAAAGGUCCUGGGAGAAUCUGAAUCUGAGUGCCUGGGCAGUCCAAAGCCCUAUCCAGGUCUUGGGUGACUGGGAGCACCCAAGCAUUCCCCACGGCCUGAAUGGCUGGGAGGGCCCUAGUACCUCUAGGAUCCUGAGUGGCUGGGAGGGUCCCAGCACAUCUUGGGCCCUGAGUGCCUGGGAGGGGCCAAGCACUUCCAGGGGCCCGGGUAUCUCUGAAGGCCCAGGUGGCCCUCAUACCUUAUUUAUCUCUGAGGUCCCCUGUCUCUCUCAGAGGUCCAGUGCCACCCAGGAUGAGGUGGAGGCACAGCCAUUGUCUCCCCUGGAUGAGAGAGCAAAUGCAUUGGUGCAGUUUCUCUUGGUCAAGGACCAAACCAAAGUGCCAAUCCAGCGCUCAGAGAUGGUGAAAGUCAUCAUCCCAGAAUAUAAAGAUGAGUGCUUAGAUAUUUUCAGCAGUGCCAACAGUAAGCUGGAGUGUGCCUUUGGUUAUCAGUUGAAGGAAACUGAUACCACAAACCACUCCUAUAUUAUCAUCAACAAGCUGGGGCAUCCUAAAGGUGAUUUGGUGACAUCCUAUUUAGAUAAGCCCAAGCUAGGGCUCCUGAUGGUAGUCUUGAGCCUUAUUUUCAUGAAGGGCAAUUGUGUCAGGGAGGAUCUGAUCUUUAAUUUUCUGUUCAAGUUAGGGUUGGAUGUCCAGGAGACAAAUGGUCUCUUCGGAAAUGCAAAGAAGCUCAUCACCGAAGUGUUUGUGAGGCACAAGUACCUAGAGUACAGGCAAAUCCCCUGCACUGAGCCAGCAGAAUAUGAGUUCCUCUGGGGCCCUCGAGCAUUCCUCGAAACCAGCAAGAUGCUCGUCCUGAGGUUUCUGGCCAAGCUCCAUAAGAAAGAUCCACAGAGCUGGCCAUUCCAUUACUUCGAAGCGCUGGCAGAGUGUGAGUCUGACGAUACAGAUGAGGAUGAUUCUGAUGCCGGUGACGAUCCGGGCAGCCCCACCAACAGUCCCCCUCCCCAUUAAUAAGUGAAGCAGAGAUCUUGUUCAUUUGUUUUUCCUGGGGCCACUGAUGGGGGAGGGAGUAUUUUGUUUCUGGUGUUUAUGUUCCAGUUCCACGUGUGUAAGUUUGGAUUUUUCCAUUUGGUUCCAUAUCUGCCAAAGUUUUGUACAUUUUCAUGUGGUGAUGAUUUCAACUGGCUACUGUUCUCUUUGGUAUUUUGGCAUUUGUAUUUUUAAGUGAAAUCUGUGAUUCUCUGUUUUGUGUUAUAAUUGUUAUGUUUUGGUAUCAGAAUUGUGCUGGCUUUGUGAAAUGAAUUGAGAAGCUAUCCAUCUCAUUCUGAUACUGAUUAUGUAGCAUUGUAAUUGGUUGUUCUUUGAACGUUAAAAUGACUCAUCAGUAAAACUGUCUACAGAAAAGUAAAUAUCUAUAUCUUUAUCUAUAUAUAAAUAUACUUUCAGCAUAA